CUCCCUUGUAUGAGAAAAGCGGCGAGCUCAGCCCUCGGCACUCACUCCUCUCUAUAUACACCGAGCACGGAGCACCUACCGGACUACUCAUCUACACAGCAUCGUACUUUCCUUGGAUUGUUGUUGUUGAAUCGUUGGAGAAGGAUCACCAUGUCUGCCCGCUUUGUGGAUUACUCUGGGAAUAUGGGGGUGGAUGGAGAUCUCAGGAUACACGGCAAGGACAAGCACUUCCAGAACACCGAGGAUCGCACCGACAGCGGCCUGGACUCCCUGAAAGAGGAGGACUAUGACAGCAUCGUCACUGGCGUCAAGAACAUUUGUAUUCCGAGAUUGGCCGAGCCACAGGACUACGAGCCCGAGCCAUGGAAGCUUCAGGCCAACGAGGAUGGAGAUACGCUUCUCCACCUCGCAAUUAUCCAUGGGGCUAAAGAUCUUGCAGGAGAAGCAAUCAAGAGAUCAUACAGAGAUGGAUAUUAUCUGAACUGCCAGAAUAACCUUCACCAGACACCACUUCAUGUGGCUACAAUCACAGAGGAAGCUGAAAUUGCUGAAAAACUCCUCCAAGCUGGUUGCGACCCGGAAGUCAGAGAUUACCGCGGAAAUACCGCCUUACACAUUGCCUGCGAGCGGGGAUCCCUACGCGGAGUUGGCGUCAUAGUACAAUACAGCAAAUUCCAGAUUCCCUCUCUUCUGCAGUGCUCCAAUUAUGAUGGUCAUACAUGUCUACACCUAGCAUCCAGUAAAGGCUUUCUUGCCAUUGUGGAACACUUGAUCAGUCUGGGAGCAGAUGUUAAUGCUCAGGAGCCUUGCAAUGGGCGCACAGCUCUCCACAUGGCUGUGGAUAAACAGAACCCAGACUUGAUGUUUCUGUUGCUCAAGAACGGAGCCGAUGUGAACAAAGUUACAUACCAAGGCUACUCGCCAUGCCAACUUACCUGGGGAAGGAAUAACUCUCAAAUCCAGCAGCACCUACUGUCUGUGACCGAGAAGAGCUUACAGUACCUUCCAGAGAGUGAGGACGAGGACAGUUCGGACUCCGAAUCAGAACAUUCAGAUGAUGAGUAUAUGUACGAUGACUGCAAGUUGAUGUGCCAAGGUCUGAAUUAGAAGGAUCUAGCAUAAGAGGACUUUAGAGAUGUACUAGGGCAAAUCUUGUCUUGUACAAGGGAGUCCAGCACUAGGACCAGUGAAUCCUUUACCUAGACCUCAAAGGAUGCGACCGAUCCACUGUAGAGUUCUAGAGCCUGAUAAGGUGCUUGUGCUGUCCCAAGACCAUCACAUGAGAAGAGCCAGGAUGUGGAGGAGAGUCCAGAGAACAUUGAACUCUUGAGGUUGAAGACCUGUGACCCCCGAGUCAUUUCUCAAUGAGGUUAUAAUGUGCAUUGGAGCUAAAAUACUGGAGAAAAGAAGAUCCGGAUUCCUAUUAACAUUUAUGGAUGAAGAAGUCUGACACCAGAACUGGCAAAUACAUAAACAUUAUGCUGAAAAUCUUCUGAUGAGAAUUUGAUUACUAAUAUUCUCAGAAUAGGAGGGAUGUGAUCAGAAAAAUAAACUGCACAAUGUAUAUAUUGUAAA